AUGAUGAAUAUAUUGUUCUUUAUCUUUUGUUUGGUGAUCAGUGAUGUUUAUAAUGUUGAUGGUAUUCAAGAUAUAUUGAAGGAAGAUGUGAAAUUUGAGAUAAAACAAAAUCUUACAAUUAAUUCAUCUAUCAAGACUAUUCAUACAAAGUUUGGAAACAUUGUUGACUGUGUUGACAUCUAUAAACAACCAGCUUUUGACCAUCCCUUGUUGAAAGAUCAUAAAUUGCAGCAAAAACCCAGCUUUGAAAUUGAAAAGACAACUGAGAAUAGUUCACAAAUUGAAUUCAUGUUUGAAUUUGAUGAGGAAAAUUGUCCAGAAGGGACCGUCCCUGUUCUUAGAACAAAUGAAAAUUUAUUAUCAAAUGAUCAUAUGUUGAGUAAAGAAAUUCCUGGUGUUCAUCUUGCAGAAGUAUCUCUCAAACCACAUUUUGGUCCUUAUUAUAAAGUUAGUGGAACAGUGAGCAUUUAUAAUCCACAAGUUAAUAAGAGUCAAAUUUCUUUGGCUCAUAUUUGGGUUGAGAGAGGAGUCUCAGACACCACCAACAAAAUCUCUGCAGGAUGGCAUGUGGAUCCAGGAUUAUAUAAUGAUUAUGGAACACAUUUUUAUUCUACAUGGACGUCAGAUAAUUUCGAGAAGACAGGAUGCACCAACCUUAAAUGUCAAGGUUUCGUUCAGACUAGCACAAAUGUUUACCUUGGUGCUCGUUUCCCCCGCCUAUCGGUAUAUGGUGUAGCAAGUUAUGUGAUUCACGUUUCUAUUACCCAGGAUCCAGAGACAAAAAAUUGGUGGUUAACUUUGGGAAAGAAAAACAUUGGUUAUUUUCCAGCAAAAUUAUUCAACAACUUGGGUUCAGCAGCGAUUGUAGGAUGGGGUGGAAGAACAAAAGCUAAUAUUGGUAGUCCUAGUCCUCCAAUGGGAUCUGGACAUUUUCCUGACGGACAUAGUCUCCAUUCAUGUUAUUUUAGAUCUGUAUUGGCUCAAGAUUCAUCAAAAAACAUUUAUGGACCUAAACCUGAUGAGACCAAAUCCUUCACUGACAACGAUAAAUGUUACGGUGUUAAAUACUUUGGAGAUCAAGGAGAGAAUCUUGGAAGUGUUCUCCAAUUUGGAGGACCUGGGGGUAUUUGUGGUAAUUAA